AUGGACAGAGAGGUUGGUGUACCAUUAGCAGCUCCGCUGGCUCUUGAUAUUUUAAUUGUGGGUGGAGGUAUAUCUGGACUCGCUAGUGCUAUCGCUCUCUCUCGUGCGGGCCACAAAAUUCUCGUCCUGGAACAAGGUGAUGGAGAAAAUAACAGAAGAGAAGGUGGACUCCGUAUCCCACCAAACAUGUCUAAGAUACUCUUUCACUGGGGUUUCCAAUACCAACUGCAAGAAAUCGGUGUGAUUUCUCAUGCAGUCUCCCUAUCAAAAUUUGAAACUGGAGAACCCCUUGGGGUUCAGCUGUGUGACCCCGAAGUGAUGAAGGAGACACGAGGAGAAUUUGUAAUGACGACGCAUAAGGAACUUCAUCAAAUGUUCACCGAGAUCGCUACAAGUCUCGGCGUCAAAAUUCGUUAUAAUGCACGGGUAGCCAUGGUUUAUCCUGCUCAACGUCAAGUGACGCUUCAUUCGGGCGAGACGCUGUCAGGAGACAUGAUCUUGGGUGCGGAUGGUGAGAUGGGGAUGUGUCGAUCGAUUGUGACAGGAUGUGAAGACGAGAGCAGACAAUCGAUAGGAUUGACAUUGUUCAGUGUGAUGUUAGAUACGACUGGAAGAGAUGUCCCCAGCGAGAUUCUGGAUAUCAUAAACCAUAAAGAGAAUCCGCUCUACUUCGCAUACGGUGAUGGGCGAACCGCUUGCGGAUACCCUGUGCGAAAUCAUACAUGUCUUGUCUUUCAUUUUUUCUUGCCGGAGCAAGUGAGCUGCGACGAAUCGCCCCUCGUCCAGUUGAGACGCCUAUUACCGAAGCAGUGUGAUCCAAGACUCCGAAUGAUAGCGGAUUUAGCACUCAGCGCCACGUGCAUACCUAUGAAAGAUGCCCCGUCCGUGGGGGAUUGGGUGCACGAUAGUGGACCACUAGCUCUAGUUGGCCAGGCCGCACAUCCUUUUAUUCCCGGAACUCUCCAAGAAAUAGCUCUUGGAGUAGAGGAUGGAGCUGUCUUGGGUAGAUUGUUCUCUCAUGUCAGCAAUCGAGAGCAAAUUGGCGGGUUCCUGUGGGCCUUCCAGGAACUUCGGCAGCAACGAUGCAUGGCGGCGUUGGAACUGGCUUCCUCGACACUAUGGUAUAUGGCCUUGAAGAAUGGUCCAGAACAGCAGGCCCGGGAUAGGGCUUUUAUUGCGCAGUAUAAGCUUGGCGAAAGCCCUUUCAAGGCGGGACCUUAUGGGGGCGAUGAUAUAUACUGGUUAGGGACCGUAGCAGAAUUUGCUUACGACUGUGAGGAAGAAGCAGACAGCUGGUGGAUGCGGUGGGGUGUUUUAUGGGAACGUGCGCACGAAACCGGCCAGGGCCGCCUUGCACAAUCACAGGAUGGCACCUUUGAUUUGUCAUCGAUGGGAGUCUCUGUCGUCGAGACUGUUGUGGAUAGCUAG